AUGACAGAACAAUUAGAUGUUGCCACAUCGGUUAAAUUGCAAUUAAGUAAUGGGAGAACAAUCCCAGCAUUAGGGCUAGGAACAAUCCCACCAGAUGAUAAUCCUGGUUCAGUAAAGGAUCAAGUGAUUGCGGCCGUAAAAGAAGGUUAUCGUCACAUUGACACCGCAUGGUAUUACGGAUCGGAAAAGUACAUCGGAGAAGCAUUGAAGGAAUUGUUUGAUGAAGGUGUUGUUAAGCGUGAGGACUUGUUCAUCACUACCAAAGUCUGGCCAUCAUUUUGGCAUAGUCCUGAGAAAUCCUUAGAUAUUUCUUUAAAAGAUUUAGGUAUAGAUUAUGUUGAUUUAUUUUUGCAACAUUGGCCAAUUGCCUUACAUGGUAAUGACAAUGGACAACCCACUACACCCAAAAACGCCGAUGGUAGUUUAGUAUAUGAUGAUGAUCCUGUCAACGGGACAAAAUAUAUUGAAACUUACCAUAAAAUGGAAGAUAUACUAGACAACAAUUUAAAGGUAAAGUCGAUUGGUGUUUCCAACUUUUCCAUCCACAAACUUGAACAAUUCUUACCUGAAGUUAGAAGUUAUAAGCCAGUAGUUAACCAAAUUGAACUCCACCCUCAAUUACCCCAACAAGACUUGGUUGAUUAUUGUGAAAGUAGAGGGAUUGUUAUCGUUGCUUAUUCCCCACUUGGUGGAAACGGUGCUCCAGUCUUGGAAAUUCCUUUAAUUAAUGAAUUGGCUAAGAAGUAUAUGGUCACACCUAAUGAGAUCGCGGAAGCUUACCAUAUUUUAAAUAAUAGAGGAGUAAUUUCUCGUUCAGCAAAUCUUUCUAGAAUCAAGACCAUUACCAGGUUACCAAGAUUGACCGAAGAAGAAUUGAAACAGCUUUACCAAGUAGGGGUAGAAGAUCCAAAGAGAUACAACUGUUCCUCUUAUGGGUAUGGUAUAGGGUUCAGAUGGUGGGAUGGUCAUAGUUUAUGCAAUCUUUAG